CCCCUGCGUCACCCGGCCCACUGGUGUCCGCGGCCAUCGCGAGGCCCACGCCGGCGCUCCACUGGGCUCCGGCCCGGGCCUCCCCGGUGGCGGGGCGCACGCGGGGUCCGCGCCCCACUCCGGACCCGACGGCCCGUUCCCUCUGCAGCAUCAGCCCCGGGAAGAGUGGAGGCCCGGCCACGAGAAGGGACCUGAUCCGGCGGAGUCCAGAUCCCCACGGUGCUCCGAGCGGCGUGGACAGGUCAGCGCCGGCUGCGCCGAGCUUCCCUGGCCUGUCCCCCCGCGGGAUGCGCCUUCCCCGGGGACGCUGCGGGCAUCCCAGGCCCGGCGCUGUGGGAGUCACGGUGCGCGCCCGCCGGGACCCCCGGGAGCGGGGCGGGGUCUGUCCACGCUGCCCAGCCCCGGCACGCAGGGCGGGGGGCGCAGCACCCGCUUGCUGCCUGGAAUGGCUCUCCCGGGGCCUCAGAGUGCGCCUGCGGGUCCCCUGCGCCCCUGAGGAUCUCGCCUGCAGGGAGUCUGAGUUCCCCACUUCCACGCGUAAGUUGAGCAAGGAUUCCUGAAACCACGCCAGCAAGGCUGCCGGCCAGUUAACCGUGCAAAGCGGGUGUGCGUGGGCCCAGCGGGGUGUGCGGGGGCUGGGGCAUGAGUGGCCGGCCCCCCCUGGCAGAGAAGGCCCUGUCAGAACGCUAUGCCCGCCUCCGGUACCGGGACACGUCCCUGCUCGUCUGGCAGCAGCAGCAGCAGCAGCUGGAAUCUGUACCGCCUGGUACUUACCUGAGCAGGAGCCGGAGCAUGUGGUAUUCUCAGUAUGGAAACCAGGCCAUCUUAGUCCGGGACAAAAACCAGCUUGGGGUGUCCCGGGACACAGGCCAGUCUAAGUUUUGCACAGUUAUGUAAUUCCAGUGUGAAGACCAGCCACACUCCUAUUCGGCCUUCUUCAGGCUGUGGCUGCGAGACACCGAGAUACCGGAAUAGCUACCGAGAAGCCCCGCACAGCACAGCCUGGGCUCAGGCACCGUUCAUGCUCAGGCGUGGGACAUGUUACCUUUCCCAACAAGUGCAGCUGAGGCCCCCAGCCCACGAGUGCUUCCUGUGGACUGAUGAAGAAUGGGCCAGGUCCAGAAUAAAAAGACUUUCUACACUGAUCUAUCUGCACUGUAGUGACCGAUGAUGACAGUGCCAUUUGCUGGUGGUGGCAUCCCAGUGGGAGUUCUGCUGCCCCUGCUCCAUGAGUCUUAGUGACCAACGUAAUCUACAUGCUUCGUGGCAGUAUCCGAACUGGCCUCUGAACAUGGGCUUGGGGGUAGGUAUGUCCUAAACAUUGUAAGGAAAACCCCCAAUUUAAAAUUCCACACAAACUACCCUGAGUGAUCGCAAACCUAGUCAUGUGUGGGAAAGGACAGGUUCUGAUCAGGAGCAUCAACGAUCGUUCAGGCUGAGACUGCCCACAUUUAGGGUCUCUCAUGUCCCACCCGUGUGAAAGGGGGACUUUUUGGUGUAAUUAAGGUCUGAGGAGCUAUGCAGAUGUGGAGAUGUGUUUCCUUAAAGCCGAGUUUUCUAAAUAAACAUCCUUUAGGACUCUUUUUUUCUUUAA